AGAAAAAGACAUUUCUUAAUAAUGAUUAAUCAGCUGUAUCUCAAAGAAGAAAGAAAAUAAUUAAGGAAAUGAGAUGCUAAGGAAACAAGGGGAAAAACAAUCUCCCAAAGGUGAACCCCGCCCAGUAAACCUUCACAGCAUUUCAUACCAUUUCCUCUUAUCCACCUGCAUAAAAGUGACCGGCCUCUCCUGGUGGCAAAGAACACCAAGGAAGGAGUCACAGGAGCAGCAGAAGAACGGCAGUGAGAGGACAUGAUGGCGCCGCGUGUUUGCCUCUGUCUCUUGGGCACAGCACUCUUCCUGAGCUUGGCAUGCGCCCGGAGUCUCAGGCGAUGUCUGGUGUCCACAGACGUGCACCACAUAGAGGAGAGCUUCCGAGACAUCAAGAGAGACAUUCAAGCCAAGGACACCUUGCAGAAUGUCACUAUCCUGGUCACAUCGGACACCCUGCACAGUAUUCAGCCCUUGGAUGUAUGCUGUGUGACCAAGAACCUCCUGGCAUUUUAUGUGGACCGGGUGUUCAAAGACCAUCGAGAGCUGAACCCCAAAAUCUUGAGAAAAAUCAGCAGCAUUGCCAACUCCUUCCUCUACAUGCAGAAGACUCUGAAACAAUGUGAGCAGACGCUGUGCCACUGCAGACAGGAAGCUGCCAAUGCAACCAGUAUGGUCCAUGACAACUAUAACCAGCUGGAAGUCCAGUCAGCUGCCAUUAAGUCUCUGGGAGAGCUUGACAUCUUUUUAGCCUGGAUCAAGAAGAAUCAUCAAGAAUCUGCCACUGUCUAAUGACCAGGAGCCUCAUUGUCCAGGAAUGACCUCCCCCCCAUGAGGCUUCCAGGGGAGUCAGCUAACAUCGAAGGGGAGGAGGGAAUGGGAAGACCUCACUUUUAUGCAAAUGAGGUUUUUUAAAAGGUAACAUUGGUUUACAGCAUUGUAUAGGAUUUAGAAGUACAGCAUCAUACCCCUCCGAUGUUUGCUAACACACCACUGCCCACUACCAACACACCCACUGUCCUCCGAUGUAUAGUCCAUCAGGCUCCGUCCACACUGCUCUCCACCACUUUCUUCCCCUCCGGUAGCCUCAAUUUUAUAGCAAAUGAGUUUUAUUGUUCAGAACCCUCCACUGAUUUAUAAUUCUGGUCCCUGUGCUGAGGCAUUAUAGUGAAAAAUCUAGAUGUGAGCUGAUCAUAUCCUGCAGCAAAUGUCCUACUGGCUGGUCCCAGGCUGUCUGAUCCCAUUUGAAAGUAGCCAGAAAACUCCUUGUAGUAUUUAUGAUAAAACAUGACUGCCUAAAGGCAGCCCUCCUGAAGGUCACAGGUCCCCUAAUUUAUUGUGAAGUUGUUUAUCCCAUGUCUGUGAUGUGAGCUGAGCGAUGUUCUGUAGUACACAUUGUACUGACCGAUUUUUCGAAAUAAAUUCUCUCCUGUA